UUGUCUACUGGGUACUAAGUGAAUAGCUAGCUAGCAGCUAAUCUAAUCUCAACAUUUAUCCCCUCCCUCCUCUCCUCCCUCCUCUCCUCCCUCUUCACAACAAGAAAGUUCCCCCACCUCCACCAAUUCACACCAAUUCCUUCCCAUUCAUUGUCAAUUGACAAAAUGGUUCUCGAUACUAUUCUGUCAUAUGUGCCAAAAGUUGUCCUCACCGGGCUUGCUGGUAUUGGAGCUUUCAUAGUCGCUGGAAAAGUCAUCAGCUAUAUCCGGCUUUUGUUAAGUCUAUUCGUCCUAUCCGGAAAAAAUGUAAGGAUCCUUGAUAAAUUCAUAAGCCAACUAACUGUUUGAGUCGGGAUUAAUUCUGUAUGGUUGGCUAAUCAAGACAAUAACAGCUUCGUACCUAUGGAAAGAAGGGAACUUGGGCAGUAGUAACUGGAGCUUCUGAUGGCCUCGGCAAAGAAUAUGCAAUUCAACUUGCCCAGAAAGGCUUCAAUAUUGUUCUCAUCUCCCGCACCGAAUCAAAACUUCAAACCCUUGCCUCCGAGAUCCAAACCAAAUAUGCUGGUUCAAAUACUCAGACAAAGAUUCUUGCAAUGGAUUUUGCUGCAAACAGGGAUGAGGAUUAUGCAAAAUUGAAGGCUCUUGUUGAUGGACUUGAUGUAGGAAUCUUAGUCAAUAAUGUUGGACAGAGUCACAGCAUUCCAGUUCCAUUUAUUCAAACUCCAAAGGGGGAGAUGAGGGAUAUUAUCACCAUCAACUGCAUAGGUACACUUCGAGUUACUCAAAUUGUAGCACCCGGAAUGGUUCAACGCAAACGAGGAUUGAUUUUGACCAUGGGUUCAUUUGGUGGAUGGUUACCUACUCCUUUACUGGCCACCUAUUCUGGAAGCAAGGCAUUCUUACAACAAUGGUCAACAUCUCUCGGAGGUGAACUUGAGGGUACAGGCGUCGACGUAGAGUUGGUAUUGAGCUACCUCGUUACAACCGCAAUGAGCAAGAUUCGACGUACCAGCAUGUUUAUACCAAAUCCAAGAACAUUUGUCAAGACUACUUUGGCCAAGGUUGGUAGAAGUGGAGGUGCUCAGAAGAUUGCUUAUACAAGUACACCAUUCUGGGGCCAUGCGUUAAUGCAGUGGUGGUUGGAGAAUACGUUGGGUGUUGGAGGAUCUUUUGUGGUUAACCAAAAUAAGGUUAUGCAUCAGAGUAUCAGGACCAGAGCCUUAAAAAAGGCUGAAAGGGAUGCUAAGAAGGCCUGAGUUCGAUAAGCAAUCCCUUCUUUACUGGAUGGGAAGUCAUGAUGCAGUGGAGCGCUGGAGACACGGUAAGGGAUGAGCUACCCAAAUUGUUAUAUACGCGCUGCAUAUGCUAAGAAUCUUGUGGUAGAUCGAAGAAGUAUUAUGAUGAUGAGGAGGGACUCACGAGAACCAUUAGAUUAUAUAUCUGAUCUGAUUACUCGAGGGCAAGAAGCUAAAACAAUGGAUGUCCAUCAUGGAUUACGCGGUUAUGCUGUUGCAGACUGGGUAUGCAAUACAAAAAUCAAUAGAAAGGCACGGCUAGACAUAAUAAUUAUUCACGGCCACUUGUUACUGUACUGAUUACUUGUAGAGUGAAUUGCAGGAAACCUUUCUCACUCGGGAGUAAAGGAUCACUAACAUUUUGUGCAGAUACAUCUCCCUCUGCCAUCUCUCGUCUUCACUUUGAUACCUCUUGCAUCCA